AAAGAUGUGCCGUUAAAAAAACAAAGAAACAAUAAUUAAAAGUGCAUAUUAUGAGAGAUACUCACAUAAGAGUAUACAUUAAAUAAUGGGUCACAAAACGAUUUUGGAUUUGAACCACUUUUGCUACUAUGAGUUAAUCAACCAAAUUGAAAAGAAUUGCCAGAAAACAAAUAAGCCACACGAAUUAAAAUACGUGGAUUUAAUUAAUAUUUUUGUUUGCUGCAAACCGAUUCGGGAACUGCUGCAUGAGAACUUUUAUAAAAGUUUUGUAUACAAAAACGUUUUCUUAUUCUAUUUGAGCUCUGAGGAAAGCCUAACUAUCGACUUUUCUGAGCUAUACACACGUGUUAAGGGCUUCCCAGCGAAAGCGAAGAAUAUAUAUUGGAAAUCCGUAUGCCUGGCCAUUGAAGAGAAUGACAACUUGGCCAGUGCCAGGUUGAGAUACACUCCAGAAAUGCACCACAGUGAGCACAUGGAGGUAUUUGAAUCCGUGAUGAAUCAGCUGAGGAGAAAAAAAAAUUUGAAGGUUUUAAGAUUGCUUAUUUCUGGGUACACCAUCGACGACCUUACGGGAUUUGGAAACCUCGAACAGCUCUUUUUAAAUGGAAGUGUGGAUGUUAAAGAGUUAUGUAGAUGCUGCUGUAAUAACAAAAACCUGAGGGAUCUACGAGUUUUGAAUAGCGAAAUGAGAGGAGGACGGUUGGUCGAUAUUGCACCAUAUUGCAACCACGUGAUUCGCUUUGAGUUCAAGAUGAAGUUCGACUGUGAUGCCUCAGAAUACGCCCCAUUAGCAAAAAUGCAAGGACUAAGACAGUUGACAAUUCACGGAGAGCACGAACCGGGCACUUUACAGCGCCUUUUCGUAGCGCUGGCCAGAAAGGAACCCAAGCUCAGCGAUUUAUCCAUAGAGAAUGCACUUUUAAAUUAUGAGGACACGGCGCCCUUAUCUCAGAUUAAGUUACUAAAGAAUUUAAGAUGUGGGUUUAUGGACCCCCAAAGUAUUGAGCCUAUUUCAAAAAUGAUAUACCUGAACAGUCUAAAGGUACUUUCGCAGCAUACGUUUAUAAGUAUUUCGCAGCAAAUAUAUAGCAUUCUGAAGGAGUCCCAGAGCGAAAUAAAAAUAUUUUUAAAAGACUGUAAAAUGAAAUAUAACCCAAAGGGGAAACUGCGCCUUGUUCUGAAUCAAGUUAGCGCUUCGGAUUAUGGUUUGUUGGUCACUUUGCCACAUUUAAAAUGCCUAGAAAUAAACGGCUAUUAUGAGCAAGGAACUCUUGUUGAAAUCUUUAAAAUGCUGCAAUUGGUUCAGGUUGAGCGCUUGAAAAUAUGGCCGAUGGACUUCCGUUCAGAAUUGCAAGAAGAAGUAGUGCAGUGUUUGCCCCUAACUGAACCGGCGCUUGAAGUUCAGGAAAUAGAAGCACUCUCUAAUUGUGGGUCCUUGAAAAUAUUAUUUUGUGAAUUUGCCGACACCAAAAACAUACAUCUUCUACACAAUCUUUUUGCACUUGAAGAGUUAAACAUCAGCACCAAACCAUUAGCCGGUUCUCUGCAGGCCCUUUUUGCUGCUUUAGCUUCCAGAGAAGUACCAUCUCUCCAAUAUUUUCGACUUUUAGAUGGAGCGAUCGAUUCCAUGGAAGCUGCAGAAUUGGCUCGAAUAAAAUCGUUGAAACUCGUGGAUUGUGCCUUUGUCGACGCCCGGGACAUCGAGAAAUUCGCAGACCUUGCGAAAGAACAUCUUGAAACGCUUGAAAUUACUUCUAAGCAAAACUUCCAUGAAACUUCUCCUGGAAUUCUUAGGGUGUUACAGUGCUCAGAAAACAACAUGUGGGUGUCUACCAAAGACAUUGUGCUUAUGUCUAAUCGGAAACUACGGUUUGUUGUUCUUCAAAUGAGUUAUUCCGAAAUGUACACCGAUGAGACCCUGCUGGUUCCCCUGAAAAGUGUAGAAUGGUUAGAAGAACUCAUAUUAGCCUAUAAACAAGAUAACAUAAUAACAUUUUUCGACGACAUAUCUAUGAGGACCAAUAAUCGUCGUCAAGUGCCUUGACUAUCAGAUACCCGUUACUCAGAUAAAGCGAGUGCAAGGAAGAUGGAGACAUGCAAGCAGCCAAUUGACUUUUUUCGAGGUCGCAGGGCGCC